GAGGAGGAGUUUUUUUGUUGUUUAUUCUAACCGAGGUCAAUUCCUGAGAGAGGAAGAGACACAGCAGAGCCGAGGAUAUAAAUCUUCUUCAGCUCUUCUUGGUUUUUUGGUUGCUCCGUGCCACUCUCUUCUGCCCCGGACGAGACACGCAGCUUCGCUCCCCGCUAGAUGAGCGGGAGUUGGGCACCUUACUUGGUGUGUCUCUCCAAUGCUCUUGGCCCUUGAGGCCUGAGGAAAAGUGAGCCUGACCCAAGGCCUCCCCCCCAUGGGACGACCCGUUACCCAGCAUGCACUGCUGCUGCUGCAGUGCAUGCUGGUCCUGUGGCCCGCAGGCGUGGCCAGUAGGAGAGGGCCGGUGCUGCUGCCCGAAUCUCCCUGUUAUAAGACGGAGCACCCGCUCGUCCCACAUUCAGAGAUGGAGCCGUGGAUCUUCAGGUUCAAGGCAGAGGGCACGGUGGAUUACUCACAGCUGACCUUCGACCCUGGCCAGAAUGAACUGAUCGUCGGUGCCAGAAAUCACCUCUUCAGGCUCAAUCUGGAAGACCUGACACUGAUCCAGGAGGCUGAGUGGCAUUGCGAUGAGUUCACCAAGGGAGCCUGCUUCAGCCGUGGAAAAUCCGAGGAGGAGUGCCAGAACUACAUCAGGGUGCUGCUGGUGAACGGGAACAGGCUGUUCACCUGUGGAACCAACGCCUUCACCCCCAUUUGCACCAACCGGACGCUGACAAACUUGACAGAGAUUCACGAUCAGAUCAGCGGGAUGGCUCGGUGUCCUUACAACCCCCUCCACAAUUCCACCGCCCUCAUCACCUCCAGCGGGGAGCUUUACGCCGCCACGGCCAUGGACUUCUCUGGGCGGGACCCCGCCAUCUACCGCAGCCUGGGGGGUCUGCCUCCUCUGCGCACCGCCCAAUACAACUCCAAGUGGCUCAACGAACCAAACUUCGUCUCCUCCUACGACAUCAGCAACUUCACCUACUUCUUCUUCCGGGAAAACGCGGUGGAGCACGACUGCGGCCGGACGGUGUUCUCCCGCGCCGGGCGCGUUUGCAAGAACGACAUCGGCGGCCGCUUCCUCCUUGAAGACACGUGGACCACCUUCAUGAAGGCCAGGCUGAACUGCUCCCGCCCGGGUGAAAUACCCUUCAACUACAACGAGCUGCAGGGGACCUUUUACCUGCCCGAGCUGGAGCUGCUCUAUGGGAUUUUCACCACUAACGUGAACAGCAUCGCUGCAUCUGCGGUGUGUGCCUUCAACCUCAGUGCCAUCUCCCAGGUUUUCAACGGGCCCUUCAAGUACCAGGAGAACUCUAGGUCCGCGUGGCUGCCCUACCCCAACCCCAACCCGGACUUUCAGUGUGGCACCAUUGACUCCGGCUCCUACGUCAACCUGACUGAGAGAAACCUGCAGGACGCUCAGAAGUUUUUGCUGAUGCAUGAGGUGGUCCAACCCGUGGUUCCAGUGCCCUACUUCAUGGAGGACAACGUUCGCUUCACCCAUGUUGCAGUGGACGUGGUGCAGGGGAAAGACGUACUGUUUCACAUCAUAUACCUGGCUACGGAUUACGGUACUAUCAGAAAAGUGCUUUCCCCUCUCAAUCAGUCCACGGGGAGCUGCCUGUUGGAGGAGAUUGAGUUGUUCCCGCCCAGGAAGAGACAGCCGAUCCGAAGCCUGCUGAUCCUGCACAGCCGCAGUGAGCUUUAUGUGGGUGUUAGGGACCAGGUCAUCAAGAUCCCGCUCAAGAGAUGCCGUUACCACAAGAGCAGAGAAGCCUGCGUGGGGGCCAGGGACCCGUACUGCGGGUGGGACCUGUUGUUGAAGAAAUGUACCACGCUGGAGGAAAGUGUCAGAAUGAGCCAAUGGGAGCAAAGCAUCACAAAAUGCCCUAUCCGUAAUGUGACCGUUGACGGAGGCUUUGGCGCCUGGUCUGGCUGGUCCACGUGUAGUCAUAGCGACGGAGGCAGCGCGGGCGGGUCCUGUCUGUGUCGGACGAGAGCCUGCGAUAGCCCCGCCCCUCAGUGUGGAGGCGAGCACUGCUACGGCGUCAGCGUGGAGGUCGCAAACUGCUCCAGAAACGGAGCGUGGACUCCCUGGACCUCCUGGUCUCCCUGCAGCACAAGCUGUGGCAUCGGCUUCCAGGUCCGUCAGCGCUCCUGCAGCAACCCGACCCCUCGCCACGGCGGGCGAGUAUGUGUGGGCCAGAACCGCGAGGAGAGGUACUGUAACGAACACCUGCCCUGCCCACCGCACGUCUACUGGUCGGCCUGGUCGGCAUGGGAACGCUGCACCGCGCCCUGCGGCGGAGGCGUCCAGUCGCGACGCAGAACCUGUGAGAACGGCAACGACUGUCCCGGCUGUGGUCAGGAGUACCAGUCAUGCAACACGCUGCCGUGUCCUGACCUAAAGAAGACCACGCCCUGGACCCCCUGGACGCCCGUGAACAUCUCGGACAACGGCGGGCACUACGAGCAGCGCUUCCGCUACACGUGCAAAGCUCGCAUCCCGGAUCCCGGCCUGCUGGAGGUGGGCAGGCAGAGGAUCGAGAUGCGCUACUGCUCCAGCGACGGCUCCACCGGCUGCUCCACUGACGGAGAGGUGCUUCGUCUCGGGAGAAUCUCAGGCCACGCGAUGAACGGCGGCUGGUCGUCCUGGAGCUCCUGGUCCCAGUGCAGCAGAGACUGCAGCCGGGGAAUCCGCAGCCGCAAGAGGACCUGCAGCAACCCGGAGCCCAAGUACGGAGGUCAGACCUGCUUGGGUCCAGCGCAGGAGUACCAAGAGUGUAACGUCACUCCUUGUCCCGUGGACGGCAGCUGGUCGUGCUGGUCUUCAUGGUCCAAGUGUUCUGUGACGUGUGGAGGGGGACACUACAUGAGGACGCGCACCUGCAGCAACCCCCCGCCAGCUUACGGAGGGGACAUCUGUCUAGGCCUGCACACUGAAGAGGCACUGUGCAACACACAAUCCUGUCCAGAGAGCUGGUCCAGCUGGUCGGCGUGGUCCCACUGUGACUCCAACGGGGCCCAGAUGCGCGUGCGUCACUGCGACGUCCUGUUUCCCACCGGUAACCAGUGCUCGGGAAACAACAGCGAGAACAGGCCGUGCUCCCCAGACUCAAAUUUUAUAUCAGAAGUCUCGAUUGCACGCUCCAGUCAGGAGGAGAAGCUCUGUGGAGCAGACUUUAACCUCCUCCACAUGAUCGCCGUCGGCCUCGGCAGCUCGAUCCUCGGCUGUCUGGUUACCCUGCUGGUCUACUCGUACUGCCAGCGCUUCCAGCGGCAGUCCCACGAGGCCACAGUCAUCCACCCCAUUUCGGCGGCGCCGCUCAACACCAGCAUCACCAACCACAUCAACAAACUGGACAAGUACGACUCUGUGGAAGCCAUCAAGGCCUUCAACAAAAACAAUCUGAUUCUGGAGGAAAGAAAUAAGUACUUCAACCCACAGCUUGCCGGGAAGACCUAUACCAACGCAUACUUCACCGACCUCAAAACCUACGAUGACUAUUAGGCCUCUAUCUGGCAGUUCAGACUCACCACACCAUAGCUGAGACACCAAUCCUAAUCAUCCGUUUCGACCGUAUUCUUUUUUUUUUUUUGUGCUUUGUAUUGAGAUUCGUGACACCAUGCGGGGGAUAUUCCCACUCUGAGACUCCAUGGCAGCUGGGAUGCGGUGAAAACACAGACACGCGGUGUUGCCAACAGAGUGAAAUGCCCACUUUUCUCUCAGGUGCCUUGGGGCACACUCGGAGAGUUCAAAAAUUCUGUGGGCUAACUUGCCUUGCCUCUCUGCUCGAGAAACUGACAACUGGAAUUCCCAACGUGGACAAAAAGGGAAAAAUAUAACUCCACUCAAAGAGACUGGGAGACGUGAUCCCCUUGAAGGUUUUCUGUGACGCCUCUAAAAACAGACCUGUAUUUGUAACGAUGGGAAAUAACCACACAAAACCGCUUUGCAUGACUUCAUCUGAUGUGUUUCCUCUGACGUUCUGUUUUGUUUUUUUGCAUGGUUGAUCGCAUUCCAGGGUUUUGGAGACUCGCAAGCAGCAUUUGAUGUUUUGCUUUAAUUCGGUGCUGGUUUGGUAAGUCAUGAAACAAAGACUGUGCCGAAGGCUGAUGGCUAUUACCAUUUAAUGCUGAAGCGAUCUACAGAUGGAUCAAGCCCACCCGAGUCCUAAAACCAGGAUGUAGAUAUUUUAAAUCUGUGGUUUGUCCACUUAUUUUUUUUGUCCAACGCUCUAGCAGCUAGCAGUUAUUAGCGUACCAUUUCUUUUGCUUUCCCUUUUCUUUUUGUAAUUUGUUUGCUUUUAAAAAAAAGGUGCAUACAUUUUGUACAGAAUGUUACGUUUGAAGCCUUUGUCGGUAGUUUUUCUAAAUACAUUUAUUCAAUGUCUUAAGUGUUUAAAAAGAAUAAAACAUUUCCUUUUGAAAAGAAAGAAAAAGUUUAUGUGCAUUCUGACAAGUAAUCUGUAGUAUUCAUAUGAGCCUUCAUCAAGUUCAGUCUUUGUCAGCGUACUUUUUAUAUUUUUUGUAAAACAAAAAAUAAUGUUUUUGAAUUUUGAUAGUGUUUGCUAUUCCUUUGGCUUCUGCAUUAAAUACUUAAUUUGUGAGUCCAUUACUGUACAGAUGGAGCAUAGCAAAGGCUUCUCUCCUGAACCCUUUUUUGAGAUGAAAAUCCAUUCAUCAAGUGAGUUAUUUCUGUUAAGAAUGUGCAACCAAAUAUAAGGUUGUUUGAUAGUUCAGUUGCAACUAACUCUUUUUUAAGUUUGCUUUGUGUUACUGUGCAUAAAUUAAAAUCUGCUUCGUACACAACAGACUUGUUAUAAAGAUUCAUUUAUAGAACAUCUCAUUCGCGGAGCUUUGAUGCCCUCGGUCUUGAUCUCAGCAGCUCUCUUAAACAACUGAAAACACGCCUUCGGCCAGGUACAAGUGUGGGACACUUCUCCUGUGUGGUUUUCUCCGACAACUUUAAAACCUUGAUGCAACUCGAAGAAAGUAUUGUUGUACCACAGCCGAGCACGCUGCACACCAGCACUCCAUACAUCACUUACAACUCCAGGUAAUCCCAAUACCUGACUUUUAUAGGAGAUUCAGCACAGCCCUGCUGUGACAAACGGCAAAUCAGCAGCAGAAGAGGGAUACCUGAAGGAUACACAUCACGUAACUCAGGAGGGUAAUGGUAGGGGGGGUCGAUGCCUGAAGACUAAACUCUAAUCUGUAUGAUGGCGUGCAGCACCUCACACGGUGCUGUUCUCCAUCAACCUUCAACUUGACGUCCCUUCUGUGUGCUGAGGGUAAUGGAUCUCACUACCUUUAGUUACUACCUGAGAAAGCAAUGCACACAUGCACAUGUGUGCAAGAGUGUAAGCACAUGCAGGGCUUAUCGGAAACACGAUUCCAUGCAAAAGUUAAACGCUUUGCUUUAUCAGAAGGAGAUGAUGAAUGUUUGUUGCUUUGCAUCUCUGACAAACAUAUAAUUAAUUUACUUAAAUAAAGAUGAAAUGUGACUAUUAA